UUCUGUUACUACAACAACUACAACCUCUCUCAGCCACGCCAUUACUGCAAGAAUUGCAGAAGGUAUUGGACCAAAGGUGGCGCCUUGAGGAACAUACCCGUUGGUGGUGGAACCAGAAAGACCCACAAACGUUCUUCUUCAUCUUCAUCUUCCACUUCAAAUUCAUCCAUCAAACGGCCUUCAUCAUCAUCAUCAUCACAACAAGCCAAUUCUAUUACUACUCAUAGUAAUAAUAGCGUUAUUUGUUCCGGGUCUGAUUCGACCCGGACUUGCACCGACCCGGUUGGUCAAGAUCAGAGGGUGUUGAACAUUGGUGGUAGCUUUAGUUCACUAUUGGGAAGAGAUGGACCUUUUGGGGGGAUUUUAGAGGGUAUAAAUUCAAAUGGGUCAGAGCUGAAAAUUGGUGAAUUUGGUGGUGGGAUUGGGAAUGUGGGUUCUGGAUUGGUCGCGAAUCCGGAUUCAGGUCGAAACCCGGGUUUGGAUAUUCAGAAUAAUGGUGGUGGUCAUGGUUGGUCUGAUCUUGCAAUAUACACACCUGGGUCAAGCUUUCAGUAGAAGCAGAAUUGAAAGAGAGAAAGAAGAUUUAAAAAAAAGUUUGAGCCUUGUAUGGCUUAAUCAGGGUUUCUUGAUUGUGUUUGAUUAGUGUUAUAUAUUUUUAAUACAGAUACUAUGGUUAUUUUUUUAAAGGGUUAUAUUAUAUGGUUUUGGUCAAGAUUAUGGUUAUGGUUGGUUGGCAUCAUGCUGUGGAGGAUCAUAAUUCAGGAGGUUACUAAAGUAGCAUCCUCUAGGUAAUGGCCUUUUUUUUUUUCGCUUUUCUUUUUAACUUUUGUUUCAUUUUGGCAUGGUUGUGAUUUGUGUUGCUAAAAUUUAUGAAUUGUGGAAACUGAAAAGAAAACGGUAUAGAGAAGCAAUUAAUUUUUUCUUCUUCUUCUUCUUUUGAGCGGGGUAUUUAGUUUUGGAGGGAUGUUAAUGCUAUUGGAUCAAAUGCUUGUCAUUUCAUGUAAUUAAUUAUUUGGUAUGUGUUUUUGGCAUAGCUUUUGAAGCAUCCAAGUAAGUGAUUGUUCAUUAUUUAGAUAUUUGAGGGAAUGUGAGGGAAGAUCUUGGAAAAAUCCAAAAGUACCCUGUUUUGAUGUUAUGUCUUGUUUUGUACCUUAUCAAUGGAGCUUGAAAACAAACACACAUGGUUCAAACUUCAAUGUUCAAAGUUCAAACA